AUGAGAGAUCGGCCCGUCAUCAGCAUCGAAAAUUACACCAUAUACUGCGGCGAUGCUGAUGAGAACAAAGUAGAUGCGCCUCACGCACCUACGGAAACCACUGAGGACAACAGUAAGGACGCCUUCUUUGAUGAACUCAAUGCGUUGAUGUCUAAAAUACCAAGCCAGCAGGUGGUCAUUGUCGGAAUCGACGCAAAAGAUGGGACUCGAACAGCAAUCCGAUGUGCUAGGAAAAUGGUACUAUGCAGCGGAGCGCACGGUGACCGUCUGGUCGACUUGUGCGAACAGACGGGCCUCAUCAUCGCUUCCACGUUUAAGAGGAAUCAUCGACGCCAUCAGCUCACGUUGCAGGGGUCAACCCUUUUAACGCCUGAAGAGCAGCGCAAGCGGAAGAUGAGGACUCUUAAACUUCAGCUCGACUACGCUCUGGCGAGGAACAUUCCUCAGACGGACGCUGCAAGGGAAACGCUCCCGGUUCUAUUGCCGCGGAAGAAGUUUGCCUUUGCAUCUGCGGAAACAAAAUCCACAUACAAUUCUGUAUGUGACGCGCGCAGCGCUGGUGACUUCAAUCAGGAAAAGCGUCUUAGAAGGAAGCUGUGUCGUCAACUGCAACAAGACCGCGAUAACGAGUGGACGUCAAGAGCGAUGGAGUUUGAGAAGGCGUGGGGGGACAGGAACCCGCGGAAAACCUAUGCUCUACUAAAACAGUAUAGCGGCAAAAUGAAAACAUGUUCCCCUGUCCUCUACACUGCCAAUGGGGUAGCUGUCGGUGAAGCAACCCUUCCAAUUUGGAAGGAACACUUCAAGACCUUGCUGAAGCGGCUAGCACCGUCAGCCCCUGAACUCGAACACGUUCAUAGACCGACAUACGCGGUUAACGAGGAGCCACCGACCGUGUCGAAGGUCCUGGUCUGUAUUCAAAAAAUGAAGAAUGGAAAAUCUGGCGAGGACGACGGGAUUAGCGCAGAAAUGCUAAAAUAUCUUCCUCCGUCUGGGAUUCGUGAGAUGACAAAGAUCAUCCGUUCAAUAUGGAUAGACGAAAGGAUACCUGAUUCGUGGAGACACACUAUCAUAAUUCCCCUCCACAAGAAGUUAUCCGUCACGGACCCUAGGAAUUACCGAGGAAUCUCUUUGCUGCGUGUUAUGUACAAGGUAUUGGAGCGCAUUAUCUUGGACCGACUUAUUAAACAUCGCGAAGAAAAAACGCGCGACGAGCAAGCUGGCUUUCGUCCUGGCUGGUCUACGAUUGACCAGGUGUUCAUUGUCAGGAGAGUGAUCGAAAUCUGGGUGCGGUAUUCGAAGCCAAUGCAACUAGCGUUUCUGGACUUUGAAGCCGCGUUCGACUCUCCUCACCGAGACCGUCUUCUCAACGCGCUCAGCGCCGAUGGAGUACCAGGAAAGUUCGUUCGCUUGCUUGAUGACAUGAAUCAACGAACAACUGCUGCAGUUCGAACACCAGCCGGAUGUACAACACCGUUUGAAGUGGUAACUGGAGUAAGACAAGGGGCAGUGGCAGGACCUUUCCUGUUCAAUUUCGCAAUCGAAUUAUGCGAAGAACAGUCGACCAGUGUCCUGCCGACAUUGUCUUGGCACCAUCUGGGUGCCACUUUACUGACCUCGAGUACGCCGACGAUGUUAUAUUCGCGGAAAGCAGUACGAAACUUCAACAUGUUGUCAACCUUGUAUCGAAGCUGGCUGCAGCCUAUGGACUACGCCUACGCCCUGAUAAAUGCAAGCAGAUGUGGAUCUCUUCGAGACCACGAACGGGAAUCAGGGUGGACGGACAACCGAUAG